ACCUGGGUAUAAAUUGUUGCACGUGGUAUAUGUUAUUCCUUUGAAAAGUGGAUGCCAAGAUGAAAACACAACUGGACAUAAAUGUUAUUUAUCAAUAUAUCAGGCAAAAAUCGUAUCCACCAGGUACAACAGUGAAUGAAAAGAGGGCUAUAAGAAGAGCUUCGACAACAAAUUUCAAGAUUGAAAGGGGGGUGCUCAUGCACAAAGUUUGUACUAAAUCUGAUGAGUUACAUUGGACCAAAGUUCUUGAGAGUGAAGAACAUAGAGAGGCAGCAAUGGUUGAGUGCCAUUCUUCAAGCAUAGGGGGACAUACAGGAGGUCCAAAACAAUGUUUACAUUUUAUCGACUUCCAACUUAAGAAGACAAGACAGAAAGGGGGGCAAGACGGAGGAG